ACCGCGCCCGCAGCGCGCCUUCCUCGGACGCCAUGGCCUUGCCCUCCUCCUCCGCCGGGCGACUCGGCCCGAUCCUCCGCCUCCGCGGCGGCGGCGGCGACGGCGGCGUCUACCCGCUCACGCACACAGAGAUGCAGUGGAUGCAGUCGGCAAACAUGGGCGUGGGGACGGGCAUCGGCGCGGUGGCGCGCGACCACCGCCACUGGGCCGACCGCGCGAGCGAGGACGCGCUGCGCCUCGACCGCGCCACGCUCUGCGCCGCCUCGUCCAAGCCGCUCGCGCCGCCCGUCGUCGUGACGGAGCUCGGGCUGCUGUGCAACAAGGAGGAGCUGCUCGAGCGGCUGCUCUCCAAGUCGAUGCCGCAGCACCUGGCGCACGUCCAGUCGCUGCGCGACUUUGCCGAGGCCACCCUGCACCCGAACCCGCACUACGCCGCCGACAAAGCCGCUAAGGGCGGAGAGGCGGCGGAGGACCGCGAGGUGCCCUUCGUCUGCCCCAUCGCCGGAACGCCGAUGAACGGCCGCUCGCCCUUCGUCUUCUUGCGCCCCUCCGGCCGCGUCGUCUCCGAGAGAGCGCUCAAGGGGGUCGGCGCGACCGCGUGUCCCGUGACGGACGUCCCUCUGGGCGAGCGGGCAUGGCGAGCGGGAGCGGGCAAAGGGGCGGACGAGUCAAGCCGCGGCGGGCGAUGCGGCGGGAGGCGGCGCUAAGCGGGAGCGGGAGUGGGAGGCCUCGAUUCGCGAAAAGGCGUCGAGCUCGUCCGUGUACAAGUCGCUCUUCCUGACGGCGGAGGAGAAGCGCAAGCAGGAGGAGGAGAUGAACGCGAACCCGUGCGCGCGGGGGACUGGCUUCUCCGUCCUGCGACCCGCCAAGUUCAACGCGUGAGGAGUGCGAUUUCGCCAAGUCGCGGAUGCGAUCCACGUCGUGUUCGGUGUGAGUUGGAGAGGCGUCUGCCGUGUUGUGGCUGGGAGGGGGGCAUGUGGGAGAGAUGUGUGUUUGUCCCGCGAAAGCAAUAAGCAUCUCCGCGAGGAGGCGAGGAGCACAUGGAGUGCGGUCAUCAACCGCACGCCCAGGGCCCGGGCACUUGGAGCACUUGGAGUCGGUAAAAAGAAAAAG